AGCUUUUUUUCUUUACGCCAGUUCCUUUAAGCUACUAAACUAAACCCAUUUGAUCUGAAGUUUUUAACUUUCACAAACCAAGGCACGAAUUUUCGCUUCUCGACUUGAAAAGUCUCGUCCUUUCGAUCUCAAUCUCAACUCGCGUCUCUGUGGUGUUUUUGAACGAAAACGAGUUUCUCUGCUCUAAUGGCUGCGAGCGACGAAGUUAAUCUAAUUGAUAGCAAGACAGUGGUUCCUCUCAAUACAUGGGUUUUAAUCUCCACCUUCAAACUAUCCUACAACCUCCUGCGUCGAUCAGACGGUACAUUCAACCGACACUUGGCCGAGUAUCUAGACCGUAAAGUCACCGCAAACGCCAACCCUGAAGACGGUGUGUUCUCGUUCGACGUGGUGAUGGACCGAAGCAUCGGUCUACUAAGCAGAGUCUACAGACCAGCUUACGCACCAGACCAAGAGGAGGGAAGAAGACCUCCUCCUACUAGUGUGUUAGACCUCGAGAAGCCUGUUGAUGGAGAGGUUGUCCCCGUUGUAUUGUUCUUCCACGGAGGUAGCUUCGCUCAUUCGUCCGCCAACAGCAAGAUCUACGACACUCUCUGCCGCAGGCUCGUUGGUGCGUGUAAAAACUGUGUUGUUGUCUCUGUGAAUUAUCGCCGUGCGCCUGAGAACCCUUACCCUUGUGCUUACGAUGAUGGCUGGACGGCUCUUAACUGGGUCAACUCGAGGACUUGGCUCAAGUCCAAGAAAGACUCGAAGGUUCGUAUCUUCUUGGCGGGAGAUAGCUCUGGAGGGAACAUAGUGCACAACGUGGCUUUAAGGGCGGGUGAAGCGGGGAUAGACGUAUUGGGGAACGUUCUGCUUAACCCUAUGUUCGGUGGGAAGGAGAGGACCGAGUCUGAGAAGCGUUUGGAUGGGAAGUACUUUGUGACGGUGAGGGACCGUGAUUGGUACUGGAAGGCGUUUUUGCCUGAAGGGGAAGAUAGAGAGCAUCCUGCUUGUAACCCGUUUAGCUCCAGAGCGAGGUGCUUGCGAGGGCUGAGGUUUCCGAAGAGUCUCGUGGUUGUUGCGGGGUUGGAUUUGAUUCAAGAUUGGCAGCUAGCUUACGCGGAAGGGCUGGAGAAAGCAGGUCAAGAGGUUAAGCUUGUGCAUUUGGAGAAGGCUACUAUUGGUUUCUACCUGUUGCCGAAUAAUAGUUACUUCCAUAGUGUUAUGGAUGAGAUUGCUGCGUUUGUAAACGCGGAAAGUUGAGGUUGUUUUUUAGCCGAGGCCAAGAACUCUUUGGACUAACAAACAGGUGAAUGUAUUGCCUGUGGAUUCUCUCGGUUAGUUUGUGUGGUGUUUUAAACGCUGUGACUGUUAAAGCUUAAAGCGAGUAGAAGAACAGCGAAGUGCGUUCAGAGACUUGGAAAGGAACAAAGUAGUAGUAGUAGUAGUAAUAUCCUUUUGGUUCUUUAUAAUGUUUGGCGUGUAGUUGUUAGUCUUUACUUAUAACUAAUAGCUGAUUCUUCAGCAUUGGAGUGAUAGGUAUACUUCAAGAAUGUAAUGUAGGUAUUAAGACUUAAGAGAUAUCCUGUGUUGUAUUUUUGCUCCUCUUUUUCAUUGUACUCUCUAAUAAUGUAUGUAAAAUAUAAAGAUUGAACUUGCA